AUGUUAAAUAUAUCAGAGAUCAAAGUAAGCAGUAGGACCAAAGAAAAGGAGAGGGAGGAACAGGCUGGGAGUCCUACGUCAGCAUCAGCUCCGGCUCCGGCAUCCACCUUCUCUCUCACGUCUAUCGCGCCAUCCAGCCAGGAUAUCUGCAAGAUCUGCCACUGUGAAGGAGACGACGAGAGCCCCCUCAUCACCCCCUGCCGCUGCACAGGAAGCCUCCACUUCAUGCACCAGGCCUGCCUGCAGCAGUGGAUCAGGAGCUCCAACACGCACUGCUGCGAGCUCUGCAAGUACGAGUUUGUCAUGGAGACCAAGCUGAAGCCACUGAGAAAAUGGGAGAAGUUGCAGAUGACAGCCAGCGAACGCAGGAAGAUUAUGUGCUCAGUGACAUUCCACGUCAUCGCCAUCACAUGUGUGGUCUGGUCCUUGUGUGUGCACAUUGACCGUACUGCCAAGGAGAUCAAGCAGGGUCAGGCAACAGGAAUCCUGGAAUGGCCCUUUUGGACUAAAUUGGUAGUUGUGGCAAUCAGCUUCACUGGAGGACUUCUUUUUAUGUAUGUUCAGUGUAAAGUAUACGUGCAAUUGUGGAAGAGACUCAAGGCCUAUAAUAGAGUGAUCUAUGUUCAAAACUGUCCAGAAACAAACAAAAAGAAUAUUUUUGAAAAAUCUGCACUAACAGAGCCCAACUUUGAAAAUAAAGAUGGACAUGGAAAAAAAGGGAGAUCCAAGAUGGCUGAUCACUAG